AUGGAACACUUGAGGGAUCCAUUCAAGGGAGUUAAGAAUGAUCUUAGAGCAAGGCUAGCUUGCUACAAGAAAGAUUGGCUCGACGCCCUCGAAUCGGGAUCGAGGAUCAUUGCCCCGACGACGUAUAUUUUCUUCGCCUCGGCGCUCCCCGUGAUCGCCUUCGGCGAGCAAUUAAGCCGUUCGACGCAUGGGAUUUUGGGCACGUCCGAGACGCUUGCUUCGACUACGCUAUGCGGGAUUAUCCACGCGAUCUUCGGUGGCCAGCCGCUGCUGAUUUUAGGGGUCGCGGAGCCGACGAUUAUAAUGUACCGAUACUUGUAUGAAUUCGCUGAGAAGGGCCUCGGCGAGGAGAUGUUCUUACCGUGGACGGGAUGGGUAUGUGUUUGGACAGCCCUGUUGCUGUUCCUUCUCGCCACAUUCGGCGCUUGCGCCGUCAUCACUCGAUUCACGAGAGCUUCCGGCGAAGUCUUCGGCAUGUUGAUCACCAUUCUUUUCAUUCAAGAAGCGAUCAAGGGCGUCGUAAGCGAAUUCCGAGUUCCAGAAAGCGUCGAUGCAGCCGAGGUGCGGAUCGAAUUCCAGUGGCUCUAUGUCAAUGGCCUUCUCGCGGUUAUAUUCUCUUUCGGGUUGCUUAUAACCGCCCUGACUAGCCGGAAAGCUCGAUCGUGGCACUAUGGCGCAGGCUGGAUCAGGAGUUUCGUCGCCGACUAUGGUGUCGCUCUGAUGAUCGUGGUAUGGACUGCGUUGUCCUACGCCGUUCCUGGAAAAGUUCCCGGCGGUGUUCCCAGACGCCUCGUCUAUCCUCUUCCUUGGGAGCCGGCAUCGUUGCGCCAUUGGACCGUGAUUAAGGACAUGGGAAAGGUACCGGCGGGGUAUGUUUUUGGAGCGUUCGUUCCGGCGCUGAUGAUCGCCGGACUGUACUUUUUCGAUCACAGCGUAGCGUCGCAGCUGGUGCAGAAGAAGGAGUUCAAUCUCAAGAAACCGUCGUCGUAUCACUACGACGUUUUUUUACUCGGGAUUUUGACUUUGCUUUGCGGAUUGCUCGGGCUUCCUCCGUCGAACGGUGUCCUUCCGCAGUCGCCAAUGCAUACGAAGAGCCUCGCCGCGCUCAAGAGGCAGUCGAUGCGGAGGAAAAUGGCGGAGUGCGUGAAGGAGGGAACGAACGCGAAUGCGACGCCGUCGGAGAUCUACGAACGAAUGCGGCGGGCAUUUGUCAAGAUCGACGACGAUUCGAAAGACGAAGAUUUUGAGGAUUUGAAGGAAGCUAUAUCGGGCUACGGGAACGAAAAUCACGCCGUGAGCGCAAUCGAUUAUGAAAGAUGCAUCGACCUCUACUUGCCGGUCCGUGUGAGCGAACAACGCGUUACUAAUUUGCUGCAGUCUUUGCUCGUCGGGCUUGCCAUGGCGGCGAUGCCGGUGAUCAAGAUGAUUCCGAGCUCCGUUUUGUGGGGAUACUUUGCGUACAUGGCGAUCGAUAGCCUCCCGGGGAACCAGUUAUGGGAGCGCGUUCGACUUCUUUUUGUUCCCGGAGAUCUACGUCGAAAAGUCUUACACGGCUUCCACGCAUCGUAUGCGCGGUCCGUGCCAUAUAAACACAUUGCGGGAUUCACGAUCGGGCAGGGUUUGUAUCUCAUGCUAUGCUUCGGAGUUACGUGGAUUCCGUAUCUCGGGAUAUUGUUCCCGGUGUUGUUUUUUGUGCUGAUCGUCGUAAGACUACACCUUCUCCCGAAGGUGUUCCCGGCUCGAUAUCUCCAAGAACUCGACCCGGCCGAGCAUGUCUCGCACGUUAUUUCGGAAAAAUCUAUCGGAGUUUUGUAA